CGCGCAGCUCGGUGCGCGACGUUUGUCCGAGGAAGGGCUCCGCUUGCGUCCCUCCAGUCCCGGCCCGACAGUGUCGUGGGUGCGAAAGAGAUAGCGUUGAGUGCGAGCGAGAUAGCACUAUGGCAGUGUCGCAACCUCGCCCACCUGACCGUGUUGACGCCGCGCUCGAAAAAGUUGCGCCGUUGCGCUAUUUGGAGGCGCACGAAUGUGCUCGCUUGGAGCAAGCCGUGACGCGCUAUUAUCUUUAUUCAUUGUCUCGAAACUGUUUUUUGAGUUAUAAAAGGCGUUUUCUACAUGUAAUUGAAGAUAUCGACGUGUCUGCAUUUAACAUUCAACGGUGAUCGUGUGAUGGAAAAUCACUGAUCAUCAACAAUGAUGAAACGGACAGGAGUCCCGCGGCUCGGGCCUGAUGAGCCCGCGCCCCUGCCUCCCCAGAAUCAAGCUCAGAUUCAACAAGCAGGUGCAAGCAAUAUGCACACUUUGGCCCAGUCGGCCCAACCCCAAAUUUUGGACAUCCGCUCCCCAGCGGGCCCAGCCACUCUUCUCUCAGUCGGCGGCAGUGGAAGCUUCGCCCGCACGGGUGCUCGGCCCUCAGGUGGCGGCCCCGUCAUCAACUACCUGAAGACCAGCGCCGUGCAGUAUGCAGCGAAGCAGCCUCCGCCGCCCCCUCAAGUCCCUCAGAGGCUUAAGACAUUACCACCUCAGCAACCGAGUUUGGGAGCAUUGCCAGCAGCUUUAGGACGCCAGUCGCCCGCCCCAGCGCCCCUGGCGACCCCGCCAGGCGUGGCCGUGGGACCGGGCGCCCAACAACAACAAGCUGCUGGCCAGUUCCAACGUCUGAAGGUGGAAGAUGCUCUGUCAUACCUCGACCAAGUGAAAUACAAGUUCAACACCCAGCCACAAGUGUAUAACGACUUUCUGGACAUCAUGAAGGAGUUUAAAAGUCAGACUAUCGACACCCCGGGCGUCAUCACCCGAGUAUCAAACCUGUUUAAAGGGCACCCGGAGUUGAUUGUCGGAUUCAACACUUUUUUGCCGCCCGGAUAUAAAAUUGAAGUCCAGAGCAAUGGACAGGUGUCGGUCUCUAUGCCGUCCCCCACUGGGUUCGGUGGGAGCGGCGGCGGUAGUGGCGGCACCAGUAACGUCCUGCUCGGAGUUCAACACCCGCCGCCACCGCCUCAGCCACAGCUCGUUCAUCUCCUUCCUGUUGCUCAGGAGGCUGAAAAAGAGGCGGUACGACGCGCCGGGGGCCCAUACUCCAAUAUGGAAAUGUCUGUGAACAACGCGAUCGUUCACAAUCUAUCUGUGAACGCGGCGCCCACCAACACGCUGCAUCAGAUAUCACAGGCACACCAACAGCUCGAGGCAGCCGCUAUACACCAUGCUUCUGGUCCUGGGUCGGCGCAGCCAGCUAACCCCGCGCACCCCGCGCCUGCACCGCCCAGCCAACCUGUCGAGUUUAAUCAUGCUAUUGAAUACGUCAAUAAAAUUAAGUCCCGUUUUUCGAGACAACCGGACAAGUAUAAGCGGUUUUUGGAAAUCCUGCACGCUUAUCAGCGCGGACAUCGGGAGAUGAAGGAACCCCAAGCCAAACAGCAGACUGAACAGGAGGUGUAUUCUCAGGUGGCGAAGUUAUUUGAGAAUCAAGAUGACUUGCUGGCGGAGUUCGGUCAGUUUCUUCCUGACGCUAAGGCGGUAACCAAGCCGGCGCCAGAGAGCCGCGAGCGUCACUACCCGCAUGUACGCUCGCCGCCUGUGCCAGCCCACCAUCAGUCAUCUCGCGUGGAGUCUGAAGCGGAGCGGUUCCCGGGCGGCAGCGCGUCCCCCCCUCCCCCUCACGCCGCGCACACACUCCACGCCCAGCAUCCACACCAUCUCGCGCAUCAUCAUCAUGCUCCCCAGCUGCCCAAGCAUACGGGUUCGACGUCCAGCUCGGUGUCUGCUCCACCCCAACAACAUCAUCAUCUCAAACGAUCUCCCAGCUUCACGUCAUCUAGUCAGAUGGCAGUAGGCGCGCCCCCAGCAAAGAAGUCUCGUCUAUCAGGUCUGACGGGGGCCACGGUCCGCGACGUGUCCUACGCCGAAGCCUCCAAACUGGCCACGGUGCACGAGUUCAACUUCUUUGACAGGGCGCGCAAAGCUCUGAGGUCGCAACACGUCUACGACAACUUUUUGAGAUGUCUCUUGCUAUUUACGAACGAGAUAAUAUCGUCGUCGGAACUGUUGUCGGUGACGGCGCCCUUCCUCUGCCGUCACCCGGAGCUACAGAAGUGGUUGCAAGACUUCCUUGGACCCCCAUCGCCACCUCAUACGCCUACUAACACUUUGCACAGCAGCGCAAGUUACAACAGCGCUACAUUCGGCAGUGCGAGCAAUGUAGUAUUCGAGCGGGAGCGUCCCCCCGCCGCCAGCGACCCCAAGCUGCGGUACGAGCCGAUUGGACCUCUCGGGGCACAAUUGCGACACGACAGGCCGCAGGGAGACGCCGCUAUGGAUAUUGAUUUAUCGACAUGCAAGCGCCUAGGCACGUCGUACUGCGCGCUGCCCCGCGAGGCGGCGGCGCGGCGCUGCUCGGGGCGCACGGCGCUGUGCCGGGAGGUGCUCAACGACACCUGGGUCUCCUUCCCCACCUGGAGCGAGGACUCCACAUUUGUCACCAGCCGCAAGACGCAGUACGAGGAGUACAUCUAUCGCUGCGAGGAUGAGAGGUUCGAGCUGGAUGUCGUAAUAGAAACGAACGCGUCAACAAUCCGCGUCCUCGAAGGCGUACAAAAGAAGCUCGCCCGCAUGACGCCUGAAGAUGCAGCCAAAUAUCGGCUCGACGACUGCCUCGGAGGACAUUCCCCGACCAUACACCAGAGGGCGCUGCGGCGGAUUUACGGUGAUAAGGCUGUGGACAUAAUAGCCGGUCUCAAGAAGAACCCUGUAGUCGCCGUGCCUGUCGUACUACGCCGGCUAAAGGCUAAAGAAGACGAAUGGCGGGAGGCUCAGAAGGGAUUCAAUAAGCAAUGGCGUGAACAAAACGAGAAAUAUUAUCUAAAAUCCCUCGACCAUCAAGGGAUUAACUUCAAGCAGAAUGAUCUGAAAGCAAUGCGGUCGAAAUCUCUGUUUAACGAAGUCGAGUCUGCGUUCGCGGCGCGGCGACCGGGCCCUCAUGUAGUUGUCGAUUACAACAUGCAAAGUCGACAGGAAGCAAUAAAAAUCCUUCGCGAUACAGCGGAACUACUAAUCCACCACGCUCGACGCCAGACCGCCAUUCAAAAGACUGAGAAGCGUCGCAUCAAACAACUGCUCAGACAUUUUCUGCCUGAUCUCUUCGCUCAUCCACGACAACCCUUGUCUGAUGAUGAGAGGGAUGAAGAAGAGAAAGAUGAGGCUGGUAGUCCAGGGAGUCCGACCACGGAGAAUCCUGAAGACAAGAAUACCAAUGAUGUUAAGCAGGAGAAACAAGAGUCAUCAGAAUCUGACAACGCUUCGGACAAGAGCGGUAAAAACAAUAAGAAUAAAGAAAAUAAGCCCAAGAACAAUAACAAUACAGACAGCAAAGAAAGCUCAAUAGGGUCAGCUAACAGUGUGAAGCGUACUAGCAGUAAUGAGGAGAUGUCAAUGAAGACUGAUAUUAAGUCGGAGCCGCAGGAUGUUGAGGAGGAUUAUCGAGAUCAUCCGCCUAAUGAGGCCCGGUUUGUGUGCACGUCGUCGUGGUACCUGUUCCUGCGCGUGCACGGCGCGCUGUGCCAGCGGCUGGGCGCGGCGCGGCGCGCGGCCGCCGCCCUGCAGCGCGCCCGCGCCGCCGAGCGGCCCGCGCGGCCCCCCGUCGCGCACGCGCUGCGUCUGCGGCCCAGCAACCUGCCCGCCGCCGCCGCCGAGCCCGCGCACUACUACGCCGUGCUGCUCGACCUCGUGCGCGCCGUGCUCGACGGCAACAUGGACGCGCCCGCCUACGAGGACGCCGCGCGCGAGAUGCUCGGCAUCAAGGCCUACCCCGCCUACACGCUCGACAAGCUCGUCAGCAUCGCCGUGCGCCAGCUUCAGCAUUGCGUGGCCGACCCCUGGUCGCUGCGCGCCGCCGAGCUGGCGCGCGCCGGCAUGCGCGGCCCGCCCGCCUACGUGCGUCGCGCCGCCAGGCUGCUGCGACACGACCACUCCGCCUUCCUCGUCAAGCUCUACGGCGGCGACUCCUGCCGCGUCACCUUCGAGCUGCUGGCGGCGCGCGCCGCGCCCGACGACGCGGCCUGGCGCUACCGGGCGGCCGGCGCGGCGGGCGCGGCGCCGCCGCCCAAGCCGGUGUUCCUGCGGCGCAACGCGCGCGCGCGGGCCCCCGGCUACACGCACAACGCGCACUCGCAGGCCGCGCCGCAGCCGGCCGCGGCGCACGCGCGGCGCAAGCCGGCCGACUGCGGCGCCGCGCGCCUGCUGGCCUUCCGCCCGCUGCAGCUGUACCGGCGCGGCUGCCUCGCGGCGGCGCGCGCCUCGCAGCCGCGCCUGGCCGCGCGCCGCCGCGACACCUUCCGCGCCUGGCUGCGCGACCGCGCCGCGCCCUAG